AACGAGAAAGUGAUGUCAAUGAGGGAAGAACAGUUUUUGUCAGGAAUCUUCCUUAUACUGUUGAAAAUGAAGAACUUGAAGAGUUUUUCUCCAAGUAUGGAGCUGUGAAAUAUGCCAGGGCUGUUGUUGACAAAAUCAGUGGAAUAUCGAAAGGAUCCGCUUUUGUUCAGUUCCUAUCAAAAGAGGCUGCUGAUUCUUGUGUGGAAGCUGCAGCCGGUGAGGAAGAUUCUGGUCUGUCUAUCGGUGGCCGAAAUUUGUUGGUCACUCUGGCUGUAAGCCGGAACCAGGCAGGAGAAUUUGGAGAGAAAAAGGACAAAAAGAAAGAGCAGAAAGACACAAGGAAUCUCUAUUUGGCUAGAGAAGGAAUGAUACGUCCAGGAACUGCUGCUGCCAAGGAAGUUGCUCCUGCAGAUUUAGCAUUGAGAUUGAAGAUAGAUGCAGCAAAGAGGCUGAAGUUGAAGGACCAGAAUGUGUUUGUUUCCUCCACCCGUCUGUGCGUCCACAACAUCCCACCAACAGUUACAGAUCAACAGCUGAGAGAAAUUGUGGUCAAAGCCGCAGGCGACAAGCAGGCUAAACUAGUAGAGUGCCGUAUUAUGAGAGAUCUGAACAGGUUAAACACUCAGGGUGUUGGCAAAUCUAAAGGUUUUGCAUUCUGUGCCUUCACUCAGCAUGAGCAUGCACUGAGUGCUUUACAGCAUCUUAACAACAACCCAGAUAUCUUCGGUGAUAAGAAGAGACCAAUAGUUGAAUUCUCAUUAGAGAACAGGAAAGCUCUGGAAGCAAAGCAGAAACGUGUGGAAAAGUCUAGAGCGAAAUUGAGGCAGAAAGCUCAGGAAGUUGAAGAUAGGAAACAGUCCACAGGGGUAGCACAGAACAGGAAGAGAAAACAUAAAAACAAGGAAGGUUUUCUUCCAUUAGAGAAAAGGAAGGAGCAGGAUAAGGUGGCAAGGUCUUUGCAUAAGGGAGCUUUAGGUUUGCCAUCGCAUUCAGGACCGAAACAGCGACACAAGCCUAGACCCAGCCAACAAAUAAAAGACAAGAAAAAGCCAAAUAGUUUUAACAUGGGCAGUAGAAAACAGCAGCCUGUGAAACCUAAGUCAUUAAAGGAGAAACCUCUAAAAAUGAAAAAACCUAACAAGAAGAGGAACGACACUGACAGCUUUGAUAAACUGGUGGCUGCCUACAAACAGAAAAUUAUGUCUUCUGCACAAUUUUGA